CAACCAUCUGAGGCGGUGGGUGGUAUAUUAGGCGAAGAGGCGGGGUCGUCCUAGCUGCCGCGCUGGCAUUUUCUCCUGGACAAGGAGAGGGUGCGGCUGCUGAGAGCCGAGCACUGCAAUCCCGAUCCUCUGAGUCGUGAAGAAGGGAGGCAACGAGGGGGUUGGGGUUGGGGCCUGAGGCAAGGCUCUGCUCUUGCCAGAGGGACAAGAACCAUGGCUCAGAAAAUGGACUGUGGUGCGGGCCUCCUCGGCUUCCAGGCUGAGGCCUCUGUAGAAGACAGCACCUUGCUUAUGCAGACCCUGAUGGAGGCCAUCCAGAUCUCGGAGGCUCCACCUACCAACCAGGCCACAGCAGCUGCCAGUGGGCCAAAUGCUAGUCCUCAGAGUUCACAGCCCCCAUCUGCCAAUGAGGUGGCUGAUAUUCAGGCUUUAGCAGCUGCCACUAAGCCUAAGACAGCCUUUAAGGCCCAGAAUGCCACCACAAAAGGCCCAAAUGCUGCCUAUGAUUUCUCUCAGGCUCUUAAUGCCAAGGAGAUUCCCAGCACACCACCUACGGUAGCCUUUAAGGCCCCAAAUGCCCCCUCAAAGGGCCCAAAUGCUGCCUAUGAUUUUUCCCAGGCAGCAACCACCAGUGAGUUAACUGCCAAACCUGAGAUGGCCUUUAAGGCCCAGAAUGCCACUACGAAGGUGGGCCCAAAUGCCACUUACAAUUUCUCUCCAUCUCUCAAUGCCAAUGAGAUGGUCAACACUCAGCCUAAGACAGCCUUCAAGGCUUGGAAUGAUACCACUAAAGCCCCAACAGCUGAAACCCAGACCCAGAAUAUUAACCAGGCCAAGAUGGCCACUUCCCAGGCUGACAUAGAGGCUGACCCAGGACCAGGUAUCUGUGAAUCUGAUGGUGCAGCUGCACAGACAUCAGCAGAUGGCUCCCAGGCUCAGAAUCUGGAAUCCAGGACUAUAAUUCGGGGCAAGAGGACCCGAAAGAUUAAUAACUUGAAUGUGGAAGAGAGCAGCAGUGGGGAUCAGAGGCGGGCCCCACUGGCUCCAGGGACCUGGAGGUCUGCACCCGUUCCAAUUACCACUCAGAGCCCACCUGGCGCACCUCCCAAUGUUCUCUGGCAGACCCCAUUGGCCUGGCAGAACCCAUCAGGCUGGCAAAAUCAGCCAGCCAGGCAGACCCCACCAGCACGACAGAGCCCCCCAGCUAGGCAGACCCCACCAGCCUGGCAAAACCCAGUUGCUUGGCAGAACCCAGUGAUCUGGCCAAACCCAGUGAUCUGGCAGAAUCCUGUGAUCUGGCCAAACCCCAUUGUCUGGCCUGGUCCAGUUGUCUGGCCGAACCCACUGGCCUGGCAAAAUCCACCUGGAUGGCAGACCCCACCUGGAUGGCAGACUCCACCAGGCUGGCAGGGUCCUCCAGAUUGGCAAGGCCCUCCUGACUGGCCACUGCCCCCCGACUGGCCACUGCCACCUGAUUGGCCACUUCCCACUGACUGGCCGCUCCCACCUGACUGGAUUCCCACUGAUUGGCCAGUUCCACCUGACUGGCAGAACCUGCGCCCCUCACCGAACCUGCGCCCCUCUCCCAACUCGCGUGCCUCACAGAACCUGGGUGCCUCACAGCCCCGAGAUGUGGCCCUUCUUCAGGAAAGAGCGAACAAGUUGGUCAAGUACCUGAUGCUUAAAGAUUACACAAAGGUGCCCAUCAAGCGCUCAGGUGGGCAUCCAGUGCCCUCUCCCAGAGCUCUGCCCUGUGUGGCCAUUUCUUUGCUCAUGUCCCUUCCCCUUCAGUCCCCUCCUUCUGCAAUUGAGUCUUCCUUUUCCACCCUUGAGGACAUUGCUCCCCUCAGCAGGGCUGGCAAAGAGGUUGUAGUUCUGUGGCCUCAGCUCAGGUGCUCCCUCCUCUCUCCUGCAGAAAUGCUGAGGGAUAUCAUCCGUGAAUACACUGAUGUGUAUCCAGAAAUCAUUGAACGCGCAUGUUUUGUCCUAGAGAAGAAAUUUGGAAUUCAACUGAAGGAAAUUGACAAAGAAGAACACCUGUAUAUUCUCAUCAGUACCCCCGAGUCCCUGGCUGGCAUACUGGGAACGACCAAAGACACACCCAAGCUGGGUCUCCUCUUAGUGAUUUUGGGUGUCAUCUUCAUGAAUGGCAACCGUGCCAGUGAAGCUGUCCUCUGGGAGGCACUACGCAAGAUGGGACUGCGUCCUGGGGUGAGACAUCCCCUCCUUGGUGAUCUGAGGAAACUUCUCACUUACGAGUUUGUAAAGCAAAAGUACCUAGACUACAGACGAGUGCCCAACAGCAACCCUCCUGAGUAUGAGUUCCUCUGGGGCCUCCGUUCCUACCAUGAGACUAGCAAGAUGAAAGUGCUGAGAUUCAUUGCAGAGGUUCAGAAGAGAGACCCUCGUGACUGGACUGCACAGUUCAUGGAGGCUGCAGAUGAGGCCUUAGAUGCUCUGGAUGCUGCUGCAGCUGAGGCAGAGGCCCGGGCUGAGGCGAGAACCCGCAUGGGGAUUGGAGAUGAGGCCGUAUCUGGGCCCUGGAGCUGGGAUGACAUUGAAUUUGAGCUGCUGACCUGGGAUGAGGAAGGAGAUUUUGGAGAUCCCUGGUCCAGAAUCCCAUUUACCUUCUGGGCCAGAUACCACCAGAAUGCUCGCUCCAGAUUUCCUCAGACCUUCGCUGGCCCCAUUAUUGGCCCUGGUGGUACAGCCAGUGCCAACUUUGCUGCCAACUUUGGUGCCAUUGGUUUCUUCUGGGUUGAGUGAGAUGUUGGGUAUUGCUAAUCAGUUGCAACAGUCUUUCCCCUGAGUGAGGCUGAAGCCUCAGAAUCCUUCUAAACACAGCUAUCUAGAGAGCCACAUCCUGUUGACUGAAAGUGGCAUGCAAGAUAAAUUUAUUUGCUGUUCCUUGUCUAUUGCUUUUUUCCCCCUUGUGUGCUGUCAGGUUUUGGUAUCAGAAAUAAACGUUGAAACUGCAAAGUGA